AAAAGUCUGAAUCUGGGAUGUCUGUUAUCCUUCUUGUUCUCAAUUUCCUGUCUUGUACAUUGCUGCCCGGCCCUGGCACUGUGAAUUGUCAAGUUAUAUGUACAAUCGUUAACUAAACAACAAGAUUUUUUUGUAAUUUCGACGAAAAGCACUCCGCUUGUUUUUUAAGAAAAAGAUGACUGUCAUAACGAAAAUUCAUGCACGUCAAAUCUUUGACAGUCGAGGAAAUCCAACUGUUGAAGUUGACCUCACCACUAGCAAAGGUCUGUUCAGAGCUGCUGUACCUUCAGGUGCAUCCACUGGAGUUUACGAAGCUUUAGAGCUGAGGGAUAAGGAUCCUUCUAUGUAUUUAGGAAAAGGUGUCCAAAAAGCUGUCUCUAAUGUGAACACUGUGAUUGCCCCUGCCUUGUUAGAAAAGGGUUUUGAUGUGACUAAUCAAGAAGCCAUUGAUAAAUUUAUGAUUGAUCUUGAUGGUACUGACAACAAAGGCAAACUUGGAGCUAAUGCUAUUUUGGGUGUGUCUCUUGCUGUUUGCAAAGCUGGUGCUGCUCACAAGGGUGUGCCUUUGUACCGUCAUAUUGCUGAUCUUGCUGGAAAUUUGAAAGUCAUCUUGCCUGUCCCGGCUUUCAAUGUCAUUAAUGGUGGAAGUCAUGCUGGAAAUAAAUUAGCAAUGCAAGAGUUUAUGAUUCUUCCUACUGGGGCCGAUAGUUUCUCUGAAGCUAUGAGAAUUGGAUGCGAGACUUAUCACACGUUGAAAGGGGUAAUCAAAAAGAAAUAUGGUUUGGAUGCUACUGCUGUUGGAGAUGAAGGUGGUUUUGCUCCAAAUUUCCAAGACAACAAAGAAGGCUUGGAGCUUCUUAAAGAGGCAAUUGCAAAAGCUGGUUAUACUGACAAAGUUGAAAUUGGAAUGGAUGUUGCUGCCUCAGAGUUUUACAAAGACGGAAAAUAUGAUCUGGACUUCAAAAACAAAAAUUCUGAUCCAAGUAAAUGGUUAACUGGCGAGCAACUUAGUGCUCUUUAUCAAGAAUUUAUCAACGAAUAUCCCGUGGUAUCAAUCGAAGAUCCGUUUGAUCAAGAUCACUGGCAAGCCUGGUCUCAUUUGACUGGACAAACAAGCAUUCAGAUUGUUGGCGAUGACCUCACAGUAACAAAUGUUAAACGCAUUGAAACAGCAAUCUCAAGCAAAGCUUGCAACUGUUUGCUUUUGAAGGUCAACCAAAUUGGCUCGGUAACGGAGUCCAUUGAGGCAUGCAAACUUGCACAGCGUAAUGGCUGGGGUGUUAUGGUGAGUCAUCGUAGUGGAGAAACUGAAGAUACAACCAUUGCUGAUCUAGUUGUUGGUUUAUGUACUGGUCAGAUAAAAACUGGAGCACCAUGUCGUUCUGAACGCUUGGCAAAGUACAAUCAAAUCUUAAGAAUCGAAGAAGAACUUGGUGAAAAUGCUGUCUUUGCUGGCAAACACUUCCGUCGACCAUCUGAAAUGUGAACGAGUGUUUCCGAAGUGCUAGAAACGAAUAUGUUGAACAAAUUUGCUUUGAGCCUUUCACAGAAAGUAGUUAGCUGAUGUUUGACGCAGAAUUCAUGUAUUUUGCAUUUGCAAUUCAUUAACAAAACAUAGUUAAAA